CCUUCCCGGGCAGGAAGCGCGUCGCUGUUCCUGGCUGCGCCCAGGCGGGUGCGAGCGCUGGGGCCCAGCAGCUGCGAGCCGCCGGCGCGCCACCUGUUUCCGCGCCCGGGGACUUCCCCUGGCGGGGCUCAGCAGUGUGGGGUCGGUCGCUUGGCCUCCCCUGGCGUCAGCGACCCAGAGUAACCUCCUCCACUGCAGCCUGACGUGCGGGCCCGCCUAUGUGGAAGAGCCACGUGUGCCGCGCUCUGUGCAUGGCCUUGGAAAGUCAGGACCGCGACGGCAGCAGAGCAGUGAGUGGAAUCAUCUCUCGGGUAGAGCAUUCAAAAAGCGCUUCAUUGAAGAGUUUGAAUCUCAGUCACUUUCUAGAUGCUGAUAUCUAGAGUAGCAUUGUCCAAUAGAAACAUAAUACAAGCCACAUAGGAAACCUUACAGAAACAUGAAGCCCUCAACCAUCUGGAACUGAGAAACUUAUUCGGGGCCGACUGCGGCUUCUAGAACAUCCAGGUGUUCUGCAGAUGUGAGAACUCAUCCUGUAGUCACCAGAUGGAGUCCCAAACAGCUGUAAGGCCUGUGCUGUGGCUUUAAGGCCCUGAAUACAGAAGAGUCACUUUCUUAGUGGCUGAAGAGCAGUUGCUGACAUUGAUGUCUAACUACUGAACACAAUCAGUCAUUUUACUGACCAUAGAAGAUCAAGCCAAAUUAGGGAUUGCAAAUUUCCUGAUUCUCUUGAAUUAGGAUUCCUGAUGGAGGCUUCAUUUCUAUAGCCCCCCACAUCCCUGUAGCUGUUAUCGCUGCCAUCACCACCUGCCACCAGCAUCUUCUUGCAAACUUCACCCUUGGUCCCCAGGGACUUCCUGCAUUGGAAGUGAGUAGGAAGGAAGCUCUCAGAAACGUCUCUAGUGGUGGCUGCCAUCGUUCUAGACAAUCGGAAUCCUGCCUUAACCACCAUGGGCUGGCUUUUUCUAAAGGUGUUGUUGGUGGGAGUGAGUUUCUCAGGAUUUCUUUAUCCUCUUGUGGAUUUUUGCUUCAAUGGGAAAACAAGAGGCCAGAAGCCGAACUUUGUGAUUAUUCUGGCCGAUGACAUUGGGUGGGGUGACCUGGGAGCAAACUGGGCAGAAACAAAGGACACUACCAAUCUUGAUAAGAUGGCUUCGGAGGGCAUGAGGUUUGUGGAUUUCCAUGCAGCUGCCUCCACCUGCUCGCCCUCCCGGGCUUCCUUGCUCACUGGCCGGCUUGGCCUUCGCAAUGGAGUCACGCACAACUUUGCAGUCACCUCUGUGGGAGGCCUUCCACUCAACGAGACCACCUUGGCCGAGGUGCUGCAGCAGGCAGGUUACGUCACUGGGAUGAUAGGCAAAUGGCAUCUUGGGCACCACGGCUCAUAUCACCCCAACUUCCGUGGUUUUGAUUACUACUUUGGAAUCCCGUAUAGCCAUGAUAUGGGCUGUACUGAUACUCCAGGAUACAACCACCCUCCUUGUCCAGCGUGUCCACAGGGUGAUGGACCAUCAAGGAACCUUCAAAGAGACUGUUACACUGACGUGGCCCUCCCUCUCUAUGAAAACCUCAACAUUGUGGAGCAGCCAGUGAACUUGAGCAGCCUUGCCCAGAAGUAUGCUGAGAAAGCAACACAGUUCAUCCAGCAGGCAAGCACCAGCGGGAGGCCCUUCCUGCUGUACGUAGGUCUGGCCCACAUGCACGUGCCCUUACCUGUGACUCAGCUACCAGCAGCCCCACAGGGCGGAAGGUUGUAUGGUGCAGGGCUUCGGGAGAUGGACGGUCUGGUGGGCCAGAUCAAGGACAAAGUUGACCGAACAGCGAAGGGAAACACAUUCCUCUGGUUUACAGGAGACAAUGGCCCAUGGGCUCAGAAGUGUGAGCUAGCGGGCAGUGUGGGUCCCUUCACUGGACUGUGGCAGACUCGUCAAGGGGGAUGUCCAGCUAAGCAGACAACCUGGGAAGGAGGGCACCGUGUCCCGGCGCUGGCUUACUGGCCUGGCAGAGUUCCAGUCAAUGUCACCAGCACUGCCUUGUUAAGCGUGCUGGACAUUUUUCCGACUGUGGUAGCCCUAGCCCAGGCCAGCUUGCCCCAGGGUCGGCGCUUUGAUGGUGUGGAUGUCUCCGAGGUGCUCUUUGGCCAGUCACAGCCUGGGCACCGGGUGCUGUUCCACCCCAACAGUGGGGCAGCUGGAGAGUUUGGAGUCCUGCAGACUGUCCGCCUGGAGCGUUACAAGGCCUUCUACAUUACCGGUGGGGCCAGAGCAUGUGAUGGGAGCACCGGGCCUGAGCUGCAGCAUAAGUUUCCUCUUAUUUUCAACCUGGAAGAUGAUAUCGCGGAAGCUGUGCCUCUAGAAAGAGGUGGUGCGGAGUACCAGGCUGUGCUGCCCGAGGUCAGAAAGGUUCUUGCAGACGUCCUUCAAGACAUUGCCAAUGACAACAUCUCCAAAGCAGAUUACACUCAAGACCCUUCAGUAACGCCCUGCUGUAAUCCCUACCAUAUUGCCUGCCGCUGCCAAGCCACAUAACAGACUAAUUAUCAUUCCAUAAGGAGGAAUAUCUGGAAGCUCAACAGGCCAGUUUGCUUCCCAUUUUUACCCUCUUUACAAACACACACUUUAGUUUCGUCUUGGAAUUUAGUUUUGCAUGUGCCACCUUACGUAUCCCUUCAGUAUCGUGUCCCUCCUCCACGCCAGCCUGAGAGAGCAGCUGAGCUGCACUGGCUCUGAGCAGGGAGUGUACCCUAAUGGGAAGCACACAGGCUUUGGAGUCAGGCCCAGGUGCCAGCUCCAGCUUUUGAACGUGGGCAAUUAUUUAACCUAACUUACAAGUUCAUUUUGAGAGUUAAAUAAAGGCAUAUGUGAAAAUGCCUGGUGUGUUACCUGACAUAGAGCAGAUAUUCAAUACAUUUCAGUUUCCUUGUUUCUCUGGUCGUUGUGGCAUGAAUCCAUUCUAAUUAGUAUCUGGGACAGAGCUUCUCUAUUUUUUUAUCCUUCCGCAAACCAGUGUACUCACUGGUUUCCAUCUUUAAUAUGCAAACAAAUCACCUGGGAUCUUAUAAGAAUCCAGAUUCUGUCUUAGUAGGUCUCAAGUGGAGCCUGAGAUCUUAGAUUUCUAGCAAACAAUGACUUGAAGAGCACAGAUUUAGACCAGACAAAGUUAGGUCUUUUUCCAGAUCUCAGAGCAGACGAGUCCAUGGAUAAGUCUGUGGCCCGAUCUGCUUCCUCUCCGAAGGGUGAAAUUAUUGCAUUUAAAAGAUGUUAAAGAGUUCUUCCUGACCCCUAAAACCACGAGGAAGUAAAAUAAAAUGUAAAAACCUCAAAAAUGCAUUGCCAUGAUUUUAUUAUUAGUGUCCAAAAUGGGACUCCCAAGUAAUAAAUGAUUUAUUCCAGUCACAGCAAAAUAAAGACUUUGCCUGGCUAAAAUAGUCUCUCUAAGUAUGUAAUAUACAGGAAAUACAAUUCAAAGAUAUGUUCCUAUAAGUACAUUUUUUUACACGGCAUAUAUUUUAAAAAGGAGGCCCCUUUUAAUAUAAAAUUCUGGUUAUAUACCAAUAUGGUUAAUCAGCUUUACACUAUGGUUGGAACAUAUU